AUGGCGAAGCUUGCAACCCUCGCAGCAAUCCUUCUGGCCUUCCUGCUGAUGUCCCAUGUCGUUACGGCCGACUGGACCACGAUAACCAGUGUCGAGAUCGACGAGGAAGGCCUGAGGAGCGGCUGGAGCUGCCGCGAGCAGUUGCAGAGGCAAGAUCUCGACCGCUGCGAGCAGCUGUUUGAGGACAUUGCCCGGGGAGGCCAAGGGGGCAGCGAGAGGGAGCGGAUGGAGACGUCGGAGAACCUGAGGCCAUGCUGCCAGCAGCUCAGGCAGGUGCAGGAGGGGUGCCAGUGCGAGGGGAUAAGGCGGAUCGUGAGAGAGAAGCAGGGCGAGUUGAAAGGCGAGGGGAGCCGCAAGGUAGUGAGGUCGGCUCGGCAGUUGCCUUUGACUUGCGGGGUUGGUCCUCAGCCCUGUGAGAUCAGAGCCGCUUGGUACUGA